AUGACUGUAAGUUUUUUUCUUUUCCAAAAUCUUUUCCACAAAAAAAACAAAAAUCAAGAUGUAACAGUUUUCAAACAAACAAAAAAAAACAAGAAGAAAUAAACAAAACAAAACUGUUAUGUCACGGGUAUUUUCAGUUUUGAUUUAUUUCAAACAGUUUUAUGUAGUAGUAAAAGUAUUAGUUUUUUCUGGAAGAAGAAGAAGAUUGAUGUGACAAGUCAAGUCAAGUCAAACUUCAGGUCGGUACACUUUGUAAUGCGUUUUGUUGUUAUUGUUAUCAAGGCAAAAAAAGAGAAGAAGAAGAAGGUGGCAAAAGCAGACGACGAAAUUGCUGCAUUACCACCACUAUUAUUGUUAUUAUGAGUAAAAUUCUAGUUGUUAUAUUUCUAUUGGUUAUUUUAAAGGUAGGCGAAGUGUAACGACAAGUUUUCAAUGAUUUAUGAUAUUUUCACAGACUUUUGGUAAUGAAAUUGAUAAUAACAGUGUUGAUGAUAAUAUUUGGGAUGAUCGAGAUGAGCAAAUUAUAUCUGCUUUGAAUGGAACUGAUGAAGGUUAGAUAUAGGGGAUGACUUUCAGCGUGUUAGUGAAAUAGUUUAAAACAAGAAACUUCUGAAACCCAAAAAAGUGUUUUUGAUUGUUAUGUGUGUGAGUACUGUAAUUCACUUUCAAAAAUAUUUCUCUAGAUUAUUGAAAUUACGUUGUGAUGUGAGAUUUUAUAUCACAAUCAGAAAUUUAAUCUUCUUAUAAAAGUCCCAGAUUCUUCAGAUAUAGUAGAUCCUCAUAAUCAAACUAAAACAAAGAGCAUUUCAGAAGCCAUCGCGUAAUUUCUUUCUUGAAACGUGUUUUUUCAGAAGAACAAGAUAAUACAAAAUGCAGCAAUUCGUCGUUGACUCAAUUCCAACGUGAUAUGAUUCUAAGCACUCACAAUGAACUUCGAAGAUCUCUAGCAUUUGGAAAUGAACCAAACAAAGAAGGAUAUAUGAGCUCAGCUAGAAAUAUGUAUAAACUGGUGAAUUUUUUGUUCGAAAGCUCAUUUCCAACCAAUUUAUUAAGGAAUGGGACUGUGAACUUGAAAAUAUGGCUGCAAACUAUUCAGCGAGUUGCCCCAACACUUUCAUUCCACAAAAUAUCCUUCGCUCACGAUCACACCUUUUCAAACGAUUUUAUUUCUAUUGGGAUCAAAAAGAUUCCACAAAUCAUAUCAAAAAAGCAAUGAAAACGUGGUGGAAACAAGGGCAGGAGAAGGGUAAUUUUGAUUCGAAAAAUCGGUUUUUUGCCAGAAAUCAAUAUUUCGCAUGGGCUAAUGUGAGAUUCUUUUUUUGUUUAUUUUCGAAUUAUUUCAAGUUGUUUUUUUUUUCAGAUGGCAAAGGCAAAAACUUACAAAAUUGGUUGUUCGUAUGUUCUUUGUCCUGAUGAUCAAUCGGCAAUGUUUGUUUGCUUGUAUAAUGAAAAGUGAGAUUUUUAUUGGGUGUUACAAAUUUUAUGAAUUUCAGAUGUUAUAAAAAACUAGAACAAGGAAAUAAUUUUGUUUUGAAAAGCAACACAACAAAUGGAGUGUACGAAAACCGACAUUUUCAGGGCUCAAUGUGAACUUGAGAUGAUUUAUGAACCUGGAACUCCUUGUACCAACGAUACUGAUUGUUUCACAUACCCUGGCUCAAAGUGUAUACUUUCUGAAGGUCUCUGCCAGGCUCCAAAUCUUCCAAAAGACCGUGAAACUCAGGAAAUGUGCAAAGUACGAGAGAAUACGAGAAUGACAGAUGAGACUAGAAUCUGGGCGCUAGAGCAACAUAAUUUUUAUAGGUUAGGUUCAAAUUUCCAUAUCAUAGUUACAUGAUCUGAAAUAAUAGUAUUUUCUAGAUCUCGAUUAGCUAGAGGCUAUGAAUUUAAUGGCGAGACAAACUGCACACAAGCAAAAGCUUCGAAAAUGUUGAAAAUGGAAUAUGAUUGUGUAUUGGAAGAGUUCGCACAAAACUGGGCAGAUAAUUGUGUUUUUGGACAUUCAACAAAUGAUGAAAGACCUAAUCAAGGGCAAAACCUUUAUAUGAGCUCUUUCAUAAAUCUUGAUGCGAGAAGUUUGAUUCACACAGUUAGAAACACAUUUUUUUCCGAUUAAUUUCAGUUCAUUCAAAAUUACAGGCAACUGAAAAAUGGUGGCAAGAGUUGGAAGAAUAUGGUCUUCCGGAAAACAACAUUUUGUCGGCUGAUUUGUGGGAUGAAAAAGGGAAAGCAAUCGGACAUUAUACACAAAUGGCUUGGGACAAAACAUAUCGAUUAGGAUGUGGUAUCGGGUACUGUCAACAUAUGACUUAUGUUGUUUGUCAUUAUGGACCAGCGUGAGUUGAACUGAACUGGGUGUGAAAAUUCGGAAACUGAAAUAUUCCAUGGAAAUAGUUUAUAAAGAAAUGGAUUUUUAUGAAAAUAAUCCCAAACUAUAUCAGCCCAAAAAUAUAUAUGUUCUCAUACAAAAAAUUUCCCUCAAUGCUUUUCAGUUUUUUUCAUUGUUGCAUUUCUAUUGUUGGAAGUUACAUUGUUCAAUAUGACGGACAAAUAACACAUUUUUGUGAUAUUUGUCAUUCUCUGGAAUUGUGAAUAUCUUUCAAAACCAUCCCUGAAACCCAUCAACAGAAAAACUCUCAGAUGUUUCUAAAAACAAUAAUAAUAUUCCAGAGGUAAUCGAAAAAACCAAAAAAUCUACGAAGUUGGAGAACCAUGCAAUUGUGAUCGUGAUUGUCCAAUUGGAACCACUUGCGAAUUUGACACUUCACUUUGUCAGAUCAGAAGAAAAUAA